AUGCCUGUCGAAAUUUCACCACCAAUCUCUACGCUGUCGGGUGCAACUGCGCCAUCUGAUGCAGCGGAGGCGAGUCAUCAUGUUUUAACGCCCCAAUCUCUUUCUCCUUCUACUAUGAAUGUUCCAGAGGGGUACUUCCAUAAAACCCUUCUUAAGGAUGGUGUUCACCUUAACAGUGAAUCUAAGAACAAGAACAAAGAGGAAGAAGACCAGCCAGACGUCACGUACAUCGCCCCAACCACUCCUUGCCAACCAGCCCUGAGAAGCCGUCCGGUUUCUAUCGAGGACUUACUUAUUCCACAGCAACCGACGCACUUGGAACAGAGAGCCCUCUAUUUCAACAGGCAAUCUAAUCGAGAUUGUUUAGCAUCAAGCAUUCAUGCUGAGGUGAAGCUUGGUGCCAAGAAGCGCCAGCGGAGGUUCACCACCCGAACAAAGACAGGCUGUUUCACCUGCCGUAAGCGAAAGAAGAAAUGUGACGAGGCAAAGCCAAUAUGCUACAACUGUGCAAGAGGCAAUUUCCAUUGUGCAGGAUAUUCUGUGCCGAGCGUUCGAGAAAGACGUACUACUACGAUUCAACCUCUCCAUGAUGAGUUUUCGAACGGCAAAUUCAACAAUCUUCAAGGCGACAUGCUCCGCCCCAUCAAGCGCUCUGUUACUACCGAUCAUCAGGUUGUAGCGCAAAUGGCCCUCUCUCAUGUGGCUGCGGAACAACAUAGUCGCCUGAAUGGUAUGCCAGUUUCGCAAACGAGGUCUACAGAGAAAGAGAAGAUGCUUGCCGGUUAUGAAUAUUACCAGUAUGACCGAGAGCUAAGCCUCGAGCGUGAUCGUGCCGCAAUGUCUUGUCGGCUUUUCAACUCGGUUAUAAAAACAGGAGUUUCUAUCGAAGAACAUACUCGUCACUUUCUCGAUUCAAUACGAGUGGGCGACUUUACUUCAACUUCUCAGCUACCAGCUUAUAGAGACGUUCGCAGUCUACCAUCAAAAGUUGCUGUCGAGGCCCCUUUCCAUUGUGAUUAUGGAUAUAACAUUAUUCUUGGCAUGAACGUUACAAUCAGACGUAACUGUGCCUUCAAUGAUGCGGGGCGUAUCCAUAUAGGUGACAACAGUGUCAUUGGCCCCAGUGUAAGCAUUUAUACCGAAGAGAUGUCUACGGACCCCAGACACCGCCAAGCUUACCGGAGCAUGUCAUUCAGCAAGGGAGUUAUCAUUGAUUCAGAUUGUUGGAUUGGAGGAAGUGUGACGGUUAUGCCCGGUAAGAUCAUUGGAAAGGGUGCUACUGUUAUGGCUGGCUCAGUUGUUGCUGAAGUUCGUGGAGUCCUGUUCUUCCCGUCGGAACCAAUGCUAACAGUCUAG